GAGGCGCGUGAAGCCUCGCUGGCGCCUGGUCCGGGACCCAGACGCUGGCGGGCGCGGAGUUUCUCACGACCGGCGGAGCCCGCCUCUGCUACCUACAUUUCAGAAAGCAUCAACUUUUCUCCAUGGGCCCAUUCACCAAGUGGAAUAUGCCUGUACUAUUUUAAAAAGCCUUUGUGCUUAAUCCUGGAAAAAUUUGCUCCUCCCAAAUGAAAAUGAGGACAUUUGAGAAGGUGAUUUAAGGUGUGGACAUUUGAGAAAGUGUCCCAUUACAUCAAGGAACCAAAGGAUAAGUACUGAAUAGACUAAUCCUAAACACUUUUUAUUUUUUAAACUAGGAGGAUUUUAUUUUGACAGAAAAACAACUAUUAUUCAUUAUGUAUUUUCUGAAAUUAAAAGAGAGAGACAAGAAUAGACUUAAAAGAAAAUAGAUGAAGAUGUUUAGUAAAUAAACAAUGUCAACUCUCUUCUGAUGAGGAUAAUUCAGUGAUGUUAAAUCCUUUCCAAAACCCUGGUUGUGGUCCUAAAGACAAGACUCUUCUUUGAUGGGACUGAUAUUAAGGGAAGUGGGACCUUUUGUAUAUUCAACUCACAGUUGUAGAACUUGCCAUCAUCAGCAUGAGUGGCUUAAAAGAGGAAAUAAAGAAGCUUUCAACUAAAUCUGAAAGUACAGUCAUUUUUUUACCACUGUGAUUUUAAGGCCUCUUCAUAACCAUUGAAAAAGAAUUGACAACUGUUUUAAAAGAUUAAAGAAAGGCAGAUGUCUGCAAACAAUUCUCCUCCAUCAUCCCAGAAGUCUGUAAUACCUGCAACUCUUCCUGCUGUGCUUCCAGCUCCUUCUCCGUGUUCAAGUCCUAAAACAGGACUCUCUGCGCGACUCUCUAAUGGAAGCUUCAGUGCACCGUCACUCACCAACUCCAGAGGCUCAGUGCAUACAAUCUCAUUUCUACUGCAAAUUGGCCUUACACGGGAGAGUAUUACCAUCGAAGCCCAGGAACUAUCUUUAUCUGCUGUCAAGGAUCUUGUGUGCUCCAUUGUUUAUCAGAAGUUUCCAGAGUGUGGAUUCUUUGGCAUGUAUGACAAAAUUCUUCUCUUUCGCCAUGACAUGAACUCAGAAAAUAUUUUGCAGCUGAUUACCUCAGCAGAUGAAAUACAUGAAGGAGACCUAGUAGAAGUUGUUCUUUCAGCUUUGGCCACAGUAGAAGACUUUCAGAUUCGUCCACAUACUCUCUAUGUACAUUCUUACAAAGCUCCUACUUUUUGUGAUUACUGUGGUGAGAUGCUCUGGGGAUUGGUACGUCAGGGACUGAAAUGUGAAGGCUGUGGAUUAAAUUACCAUAAACGAUGUGCCUUCAAGAUUCCAAAUAACUGUAGUGGUGUAAGAAAGAGACGUCUGUCAAAUGUAUCCCUGCCAGGACCUGGCCUCUCAGUUCCAAGACCCCUGCAGAAUGAAUAUGUAGCCCUUCCCACUGAAGAGUCACAUGUUCACCAGGAACCCAGUAAGAGAAUUCCGUCUUGGAGUGGUCGCCCGAUUUGGAUGGAAAAGAUGGUCAUGUGCAGGGUAAAAGUUCCACACACGUUUGCUGUUCACUCUUAUACCCGUCCCACGAUAUGUCAGUACUGCAAGCGGUUAUUGAAAGGCCUCUUUCGCCAAGGAAUGCAGUGUAAAGAUUGUAAAUUCAACUGCCAUAAACGAUGUGCAUCAAAAGUACCGAGAGACUGCCUUGGAGAGGUUACUUUCAAUGGAGAACCUUCUACUCUGGGAACAGAUACAGAUAUACCAAUGGAUAUUGACAGUAGUGACAUGAACAGUGAUGGUAGUCGGGGCUUGGAUGACACAGAGGAACCAUCUCCCCCAGAAGAUAAAAUGUUCUUCCUGGAUCCAUCUGAUCUUGAUGUGGAAAGAGAUGAAGAAGCUGUUAAAACAAUCAGUCCAUCAACAAGCAAUAAUAUUCCGCUAAUGAGGGUCGUACAAUCCAUCAAGCACACAAAGAGGAAGAGCAGCACGAUGGUGAAGGAAGGGUGGAUGGUCCAUUACACCAGCAGGGACACCCUGAGAAAGAGGCAUUAUUGGAGGCUGGACAGCAAAUGUCUAACAUUGUUUCAAAACGAAUCGGGAUCAAAGUAUUAUAAGGAAAUUCCACUUUCAGAGAUUCUUCGCAUAUCUUCCCCACAAGAUUUCACGAACACUUCACAAGGCAGCAACCCACACUGUUUUGAAAUCAUCACUGAUACUAUGGUAUACUUUGUUGGCGAGAACAGUGGGGACAGCUCUCACAAUCCUGUUCUUGCUGCCACUGGAGUGGGACUUGACGUAGCACAGAGCUGGGAAAAAGCAAUUCGCCAAGCUCUCAUGCCUGUUACCCCUCAAGCAAGUGUUUGUACUUCUCCAGGGCAAGGGAAAGAUCACAAAGAUUUGUCUACCAGUAUCUCUGUAUCAAAUUGUCAGAUCCAGGAGAAUGUGGACAUCAGUACUGUUUACCAGAUCUUUGCAGAUGAGGUGCUUGGUUCAGGCCAAUUUGGUAUCGUCUAUGGAGGAAAACACAGAAAGACUGGAAGGGAUGUGGCUAUUAAAGUAAUUGAUAAGAUGAGAUUCCCCACAAAACAGGAGAGUCAGCUCCGUAAUGAAGUGGCUAUUUUACAGAAUUUGCACCAUCCUGGGAUUGUAAACCUGGAAUGUAUGUUUGAAACCCCAGAACGAGUUUUUGUAGUAAUGGAAAAGCUGCAUGGAGAUAUGUUGGAAAUGAUUCUAUCCAGUGAGAAAAGUCGACUUCCAGAACGAAUAACUAAAUUCAUGGUCACACAGAUACUUGUUGCAUUAAGGAAUCUACAUUUUAAGAAUAUUGUGCACUGUGAUUUAAAGCCAGAAAAUGUGCUACUCGCAUCAGCAGAGCCAUUUCCUCAGGUGAAGCUGUGUGACUUUGGUUUUGCACGCAUCAUUGGUGAAAAGUCGUUCAGGAGAUCUGUGGUAGGAACUCCUGCAUACUUGGCCCCUGAAGUUCUCAGGAGCAAAGGCUACAACCGUUCUCUAGAUAUGUGGUCAGUGGGAGUUAUUGUCUAUGUGAGCCUCAGCGGCACGUUUCCUUUUAAUGAAGAUGAAGAUAUAAACGACCAAAUCCAAAAUGCUGCAUUUAUGUACCCACCAAAUCCAUGGAGAGAAAUUUCUGGUGAAGCAAUUGAUUUGAUAAACAACCUACUUCAAGUGAAGAUGAGAAAACGUUACAGUGUGGACAAAUCUCUUAGUCAUCCCUGGCUGCAGGACUAUCAGACUUGGCUUGACCUUAGAGAAUUUGAAACUCGCAUUGGUGAACGUUACAUUACACACGAAAGUGACGAUGCCCGCUGGGAAAUACAUGCAUAUACACACAACCUUGUAUACCCAAAGCACUUCAUUAUGGCUCCCAAUCCAGAUGACAUGGAAGAGGAUCCUUAGUUAUUAUUGAGCUAACUUCAAUAAGGAAGGAUUUCAUGUUAUGGACUGGUAUUUUGCUGUAUAACUGUUGUUCUUUGUAGGUUGUCAUCUGAAAGGAUGCAAAGACAUGAGGAAAUAUGAUAAGGAAUCAGUGACACCAAUACUGUAGUUCAUAUUGAGUAGGUACAAGAGGGGAAACUGAGUAAUAAAAACACAUAAUGGAACCCAA